GUGAUCCGCCACCUAGUUUUCAUCUCGAUAUUGAAGGUGUAUGGUAUUCCCGUUUAUCUGUAUCCGCUGAACAUCAGGUGAUAACUGGAGACGCCAUUCCUAGUUUUAGAUACUUAUUUCCUUGUGCUCAACGAUGACCAAACAUUUCCUGAACGAUAGAAUCUUUGAAGAGUUUCGACGUCAUAUUAUACCGUCGACACGGGACACGCCAUUAUCAGAAGAAAAAACAAGUGUGACGUUUCCUGAUGAUAUCAUUGAUCAUGAAAAUAUCGGUAGAAUACUCAGGUUUUUCCAUAAGGCAGAUUCUUUGGAUGUCGCCAAGCUCCUGCCAGUUUUUAAUGAAGUGGAUAAGAUAAAUCGGGUAGAUCCCAGGGAGUGUUCGACAGCAGAAGUGGCAGCCGUAGUGGUGACAUUUGUGGAGCGAAUCCUACAGAAGGUCGGGGAGAUUGAUCCACGGUUCAACUCAACCCUGCUACAUGGAGGAAGUUUCUACGACGGAGUCAAAAUAGGCAAACCCGACGAAUUCGAUUUUACCGCCAAGAUUGAGACGCUAUGUUCCACCCUGGGAAUGGAGUCGCGGUUUUCAGUUAGGAAGAAAGGUUUUGUUUAUGUCGUGAUAAACGAUGCCGAUGAAAUGAGAGAUUUUGAGGAUUUUUUCACUGAUGCAGAGGAAGACGAAAUAUUAGAGACUGGUGAAAAGAUUUUAUCUGUGAAAAGGAUUCAGCGAUACUUCAGUGAGCUCGUAGACAAAGCUCUCAAAACCAUCAAAGUCCCAGAAGCACUCACUCCGCCAGAUAAAAAAGAAGGGUUGUCAUGGCAUUCAAUCAAUCAUGGUCCUUGUGCUACGAUAUACGCAACAUACUACUCCACGUCUAUGGGCGAAAUGAGUUUGGAUAUUGACAUUGCCCCAACGUUUGAUUUACCACUCCCCCAGUACCCUCCGCCUGUUUUAAAGUUGGCAAAUCUGCCUCGCUUGUCAGACGGGAAAAACCCUUUGCAGUCGAAAAUAUCUGAGGUGCUCCAAUAUGAAUUAAAAAUAAUGGUGGUUCCAUUUGCCUUUGAUAAAAUAAUGAUGGACUCCGAUACGUUAACUUGGUCUUAUAAAUACAGUGAGACGUGGAGAGUCUCCUUCAACUCGCUCGAAAAAUUCGUCUUUUCUCUCUAUGAGAUUGAUUCUAUGGAAAAACAACUUUAUAGAGUUCUCAAGAUAAUGAAAGAGUCAUUCAUUCAAAAAUCUCCUGAUUUAGAAAGCAAAGCAGGAACAUCAGAAAUGAAAUUCGAAGAGCCACCCAGCACGAAGUUGACUUCGGUAACGGUGGAACCGGUUGGAUUUCUGUCCGACUGUAGGGUAGAACCGAUUGGAAAUUGGCAAGAAGAGUCGGAUGAUGACACAGCAGACGAUCAGUCAACUUCAUCACCGUGUGCAAGUUGUCAGAAUUACGAAGUUUUGUAUGAGCGUUCAUCUUCGCCAUCUAAUUCAGAUGAAGAUGAUGAACCAAAAGAAGAAUUCGAAAAUUCAGAAACCUCCGAAAUUUGUGGUCUUGAGAAUGAGUGCAGUGUAGAUUUAAAACAAGAAUCUUUUCAGGCUCCUUCUGAUGAAGUUGUUAAUUUUAAUCCAACACAAGGAUAUCGGAGUUCGAAACCUCUCUUUAAAACCUAUUACAUUAAAAUGAUCCUGUUUUCUAUGAAGCUGUUACUUGUUGACCAGAAGAUAUGGACCCGAGAAAAUCUGCCAUCAUUAGUGUUGUUUAUGCUGAAAACGUUUUUCUUUGUCUACUCUUCAAAACAAAGGCGCUUUAACAACUUCUGGUUUCAAGAAAUGAUAGAACCCGUGGCCAGGCAGUCGGUUGGUUUAGAAAUCUUACAAUCCUUAGAAGACAUCCUAGAGGGGUUAGAGAGGAGAGUGGAUGCUGUUUAGUUAUGGACACAGGAUACCCCCUCCCAAAACAAUGAUUGCUAUCGAAUGAUGUAAAACUAUUUAUAAAUGUUUUAAUAUUGCUGAAAACCCAUAUUUACCCAAACCUUUCCCAUGAAAACACCUUUAUUUUUGUAUUAUUUAUACAUCUUUACUUGAAAAUGCAAAGGAAAAACAUUACCCAUAAAUUAAAAUUCUUCAUAAACAUCUUUUUAUUUUUCCAUGUAUUAAUGACCCAUUUACAUGGUUGUUUGAUCAAGUAAUAGAAAAUCCCACGCAGACACAACAAAAUCCUACUUCAUUUGAUGCCUCCAACAUCUUGAGUAACCUUUGACCUUAAAUUAAAGUGCGGGCACUACACACGGGGAUUGGAAAGUGCAGAAACCGAGAGGGAUUGAGCAUAAAAAACACGACUCCGUGUAAAACGACUCUCGACAGCUCCACCUGGUGUGUUACAUUUAAUUUUUAACUUUGUAUAGUGUUUUUAAUAGAAAAUCAAAUGCGACAAAAAUAAAAAUACAGAAUUAGA